AUGACCGAUUUCGUGGGAACAGCCGCAAGGCCGUCGAUCGAGAAAGCUGUUAAAUUUGUCGAGAGCGCUAUCAGCAGCGGCAAAUAUGUGCACUGCAAAGCGGGUCGAACGCGCAGCGCAAUGUUUGUAGCAUGUUAUCUGAUGCAAAAGCAUGACUGGUAUCCAAACGUUGCCUAUGAAUUUGUCAAGCAAAAACGGCCUCAAGUUAUUCUCGGGAAUGCACAGUGGAGGACCGUCAACGAGUACAGAAGAUUUCUGGAUCACAAACAUGGACUUGCUUAA